AUGGAUGACGGAGGAUGUCAAAGAGGAGCAGGCGUCAUACCCGACACCGGAGGCAAUCGGCUCGGCCCGAGAGAUAAAUGGACAGAUAUUACUACUAUUUCUACGACUACCAACUCUACGGGAGGAUCUACUGGGAAAUUAAGGUUGUCAAAAAAUCGACAAUUUACAUCGACUGAGGUUACAAGAAUUACUGAGAACUUUGAAACAGUAAUUGGAGAGGGAGGAUUUGGGAAAGUUUACUUUGGCAAACUUGACGAUGGCACUGAAGUGGCGUCGCAACUCCUUAUGGUCGUUCACCAUAGAAAUCUGGUUUCACUUAUCGGAUUUUGCGAAGAAUUUGAAAACAUGGCACUGAUUUACGAAUACAUGUCCAAUGGAAAUGUGCAGCAACAUUUGUCAGCAAAAAACCCGAAUGUUUUGAGUUGGAGCCAGAGACUACAAAUCGCAAUCGAUGCAGCUCAAGGGUUGGAGUACCUGCAUAAUGGCUGCAAACCUCCCAUUGUCCAUAGAGAUUUAAAGACGCCCAAUAUUUUACUAAACGAAAACAUGCAAGCGAAGAUUGCUGAUUUUGGAUUAUCGAAGGCAUUUGUAACAGAGCAUGAUUCUCAUAUUUCGACUUGCCCAUCCGGAACGCCUGGUUAUCUCGAUCCGGAGUAA